AUGAAGCUUCUCAAAGAGGAAAUACAGCCAGGCAAAUCUUCUUGUGCAAUUUUAACAUUAUUGCCGCAGGAUAAAGAGGAUUUAUUCACUAUCUACAAUAUUAUUAACACUGAUGACGAAGUGAUCUUCAAAAAAAUGGUAACUACUAAACUUGAUGAGGCUAGUAAAAAAAAAAACACGGAUUUGGUCAAGUUACACUUAAGAAUUGUUUCAUCAGAAUUUGAACCCGAAAACGAAUUUUUAAGAUACAAGGGUAUAACCGUUGAAAACGAAAAUGCAGUCACUGCCAAUGUGGAUAUACCUAUCGGUAAAUACUUUAGUUUUACUAUUGACUUCAAGUAUCCUUUUACUUUAAUUAAAGAAGACUAUAACGACUAUGUGUCUAAAUUAAUUAAAAAUGCCUGUAAUGUUGAUCAUCGUACUGAGAUGGGGGCAGUUGUUCUUCAGGAAGGUAUAGCUCAUGUGUGUUUAAUAUCGCCUUUCUCGACCAUGCUAAAAAAUAAAAUUGAAUAUAGUAUGCCAAAGAAAAAAAGAACCACUGAUUUGAAAAAAUACGAUGAAAAAACGAACAAGUUUUAUAGAGCUAUUUAUGAUUCAAUGGUUAGACAUUUUGAUUUUGACAAAUUAAAGGUAGUACUUUUAUGUUCUCCUGGUUUUUGGGCCAAAACAUUGUAUGGAAAUAUUAUCAAAUAUGCAGAGGCAGAUAAAAAUAAAGCUAUUUUGACUAAUAAAACUAAAUUUUUGGUAGCACACUGCUCUACUGGCUAUCUACAAGGCAUAGACGAGGUUUUAAAGAAUCCAGCUUAUUCCUCCAAAUUGCAGGAAGCCAAAAAUUCUAAAGAAACAAUAAUUAUGGAUGAGUUCUUAGACCAUCUAAAUAAAGAUGAUUACAAAGCCUGGUAUGGUCGUGAUGAAAUAACCAAAGCUGCUGAACUAAGUGCCAUACAAACUUUAUUGAUUACUGACACUAUUCUAAGGUCAGACGAUUUACAAAUAAGAAAAUCUUCUUUAAAAUUAAUUAAAGAUGUUGAAAAUACUGGAGGUAGUGUUUAUGUUUUUAGUUCUCUUCAUAGCACAGGUGAAGAAUUGGAUAAAUUGACAGGUUUUGCGUGUAUUUUGAAAUAUCCAAUGCCAGAUUUGGAUGAAGACAUUGAUUAA